AUGAACAGAACAGAAAUGCCACCAUUACAUGCAGCAUCCUGUACCAUGAGAAGAGUAAACGUUAAGAAUGAAGGUGACGACAAAUGACCUCUAAAGACUGUUCGCUAGAUAUACAAUAACAAUUUUAGAGCAGAGUAGUACAGAAAUUGAGUACUUUCACUAUCAUUUAGAUACUGAAAUGAUACAAACAUCUGCAUUGUCUAUUGUGCAUGAUAAUGAAGUUAACAGUGGUACAUUUGAAGGUAUUAUAACCAUGAUUUUACAUUACUGUCAAAAUACACUAUGGUAAUCGGUAAACUUUUGCAUUAUUGUAGAAACUCCCAGGAUGCAAGAACCGUCUGCAUUGUCUAUUGUGUAUGAUGAAGUUAACAGUGGUACAUUUGAAGGUAUUAUAACCAUGAUUAUACAGUACUGCCAAAUUGCACUAUGGUAAUCGGUAAACUUUUGCAUUAUUGUAGAAACUCCCAGGAUGCAAGAAACAUCUGCAUUGUCUACUGUGUAUGAUAAUGAAGUUAACAGUGGUACAUUUGAAGGUAUUAUAACCAUGAUUUUACAGUACUGUCAAAAUACACUAUGGUAAUCGGUAAACUUUUGCAUUAUUGUAGAAACUCCUAGGAUGCAAGAAACAUCUGCAUUGUCUAUUGUGUAUGAUAAUGAAGUUAGCAGUGGUACAUUUGAAGGUAUUAUAACCAUGAUUUUACAGUACUGUCAAAAUACACUAUGGUAAUCGGUAAACUUUUGCAUUAUUGUAGAAACUCCCAGGAUGCAAGAACCGUCUGCAUUGUCUAUUGUGUAUGAUGAAGUUAACAGUGGUACAUUUGAAGGUAUUAUAACCAUGAUUUUACAGUAUUGUCAAAAUACGCUAUGGUAAUCGGUAAACUUUUGCAUUAUUGUAGAAACUCCCAGGAUGCAAGAAACAUCUGCAUUGUCUACUGUGUAUGAUAAUGAAGUUUAUAGUGGUACAUUUGAAGGUAUUAUAACCAUUAUUGUAGAAACUCCCAGGAUGCAAGAACCAUCUGCAUUGUCUACCUAUAAAAAUAGACCAUUUUUAAAUUAUUGA